ACCCCCAGCAGCCUCUGUUCAGGGGAUCUGCAAGCCUUAUUUGUUUCUGUACAAUUAUUUCGUUAUGUUGUGUUGACUGGGCCCAGGGAUGGCCCAAAACAGUUGGCUGCCUGAGGCAAAGGACAAUAUGAUGCCCUCCCCUCCCCAUUUCAUGUAGAGAAGCCAGUUGAAUAUUUCCUCAACACGGAUGAGGGGGCAGGAGGCUUGUUUAGGGUGGGCAAUAUAGCCUGGGGGGCACAAACAGCCCUGUCCUCCAGCAGAGGGGAACAGCUUAGGGUAGGGGCUGAGAAGAACAGCCACAGUGCUGCUGCCGCCCCCCAGGACUUGAUGCCUGAGGCAGUUGCCUUACUCUGACUAAUGAGAGGACUGGCUCUAGGAGAGGAUCUGCUGAGCUUCUCAGGAUCCAAAAUGCACAGGACCACCAGGAUAAAAAUCACAGAGCUGAACCCUCACUUAAUGUGCGCUUUGUGCGGAGGCUACUUCAUCGAUGCCACGACCAUUGUGGAAUGCUUACACUCUUUCUGCAAAACCUGCAUCGUCCGUUACCUGGAGACAAACAAAUACUGCCCGAUGUGCGAUGUCCAAGUGCAUAAAACAAGGCCACUGCUCAGCAUCAGAUCAGAUAAAACCCUACAGGACAUAGUCUACAAGCUGGUACCAGGACUUUUCAAAGAUGAAAUGAAGAGGCGACGUGAUUUCUACGCAGCAUACCCUCUGGCAGAUGUUCCUAAUGGAUCCAAUGAAGACCGGGGAGAAGUUUCGGAACAAGAGAAAGGGAACCUGACAGACGAUGAAAUUGUCAGCUUAUCCAUAGAGUUCUAUGAAGGAAUCAGAGAAGAAAACAAAGGGACUGUUGAGAAUGGGAACACAGAGAAAGACAAGAAGAACAGCAUGAGAUUCCUCCGUUGCCCUGCCGCUAUGACGAUCAUGCACCUGGCUAAGUUCCUCCGCAACAAGAUGGAUGUUCCCAGCAAAUACAAAGUGGAAGUUCUCUAUGAAGAUGAGCCUCUGAAGGAAUACUAUACCCUAAUGGACAUAACUUAUAUCUAUCCUUGGCGACGGAAUGGCCCUCUCCCUCUGAAAUACCGUGUCCAGCCAGCCUGCAAGAGGCUAAAACUCUCCUCCCAGCUCCCCAACUCCGAAUGCACCAACACCAGCGGCGCGUCAGAGUGCGAGUCCGUCAGCGACAAGGCCAACAGCCCGGCCACCUUGCCGGCCACCACUUCCUCUUCGUUGCCAAGCCCUGCCACCCCUUCCCACGGCUCGCCCAGCUCCAACACCACCACAGUGAGCAUCCCCGCCAACCCUGCGCCUGGGACCAUGCUCAACGGCACUUCGAACUGCCACCAGAUGCAACCCUUGGCCAGCAGGGGGCGCAAGGCAAUGGUAAAUGGCGGCCCCACCAUGUCAGCUUUGACUUAAAGGGACCGGACACCUUUUUCUUUUUCUUCCUUCUCCUUCUUGGCUGGAUCUCGAGUUUUAUAAAUAAGUAUAUUAUGUGUAGAUAAGGGCAGUGGAGGGGUGGGGUGGGUGGUGGGUGGGGAAAUUAUACAUACUUAUUUUCUAUCAAUCGACCUGAUUUAAUUUAAGAAGAAAAAAAGGCAAAAAGAGACAAAAAAAAUCCAACGUGUCCUCCCCCCUUUUUUAAUUUUAAAAAAGAAAAAAAAGUGCUUCUGUAACUGCAUGAUGUCAUCUGUGUUAAAGCGGCAGCCCCUUCCUGUUAAAAACUCUUUUUUAUUUGUG